ACUGCGCCUGCGCGGCUGGAGGGCGGUGGCUCAGGCUCUUGAAAGGGUCGGUCUGCUCCUCCGCGCCGGCGGUGUGGCCGCAAAGCCGGCGGACAAACGGGACUGAGAGCAUAGUGCGGAUUACAGUGUCACUGAAAAAAUAAGAAUGGAGGAGAAGACUGUGGAAGAUGCAGACCUUGGUUCCAGUUAGUGGAAACACUGUAAAGUCCCAGAAAUGGAGGAGAAAAUGAAAUAAUGCAGCAGUGAUAAGGCAGAACUUAUAAGAACUAUGGCAACAUCAAGUGACUGUCCCAGAAGUGAAUCACAGGAAGAAGAGUCUGUUCUGCUUAGUGGAGAGGGGCUUGUACAGGAGGAAGCACAACCCGAGGAGUUCGUGGCCAUCGCAGACUAUGCUGCCACCGAUGAGACCCAGCUCAGUUUUUUGAGGGGAGAAAAAAUUCUUAUCCUGAGACAAACCACCGCAGAUUGGUGGUGGGGCGAGCGUGCGGGCUGCUGUGGGUACAUCCCAGCGAACCACGUGGGGAAGCAGAUGGACGAGUAUGACCCUGAAGACACAUGGCAGGACGAAGAGUACUUCGGCAGCUAUGGGACCCUGAAACUCCACUUGGAAAUGUUGGCAGACCAGCCACGAACCACCAAAUACCACAGUGUCAUCCUGCAGAAUAAAGAGUCCCUGAAGGAUAAAGUUAUCCUGGACGUGGGCUGCGGAACCGGGAUCAUCAGCCUCUUCUGUGCACAUUACGCACAGCCUAAAGUGGUUUACGCGGUGGAGGCCAGCGAGAUGGCACAGCACACAGGGCAGCUGGUCCUGCAGAAUGGCUUUGCUGACACCAUCACUGUGUUCCAGCAGAAGGUGGAGGAUGUGGUGCUGCCUGAGAAGGUGGAUGUGCUGGUGUCUGAGUGGAUGGGGACCUGCCUGCUGUUUGAGUUCAUGAUUGAAUCCAUCCUGUAUGCCCGGGAUGCCUGGCUGAAGGAGGACGGCAUCAUCUGGCCAACAACAGCUGCGCUGCACCUCGUGCCCUGCAGUGCGGACAAGGACUACCGCAGCAAGGUGCUCUUCUGGGACAAUGCCUAUGAGUUCAACCUCAGUGCACUGAAAUCUUUAGCAGUUAAGGAGUUUUUUUCAAAGCCCAAGUAUAACCACAUUUUGAAACCGGAAGACUGUCUCUCUGAACCGUGCACUAUAUUGCAGUUGGACAUGAGGACUGUGCAAAUCUCUGAUCUAGAGACCCUGCGGGGCGAGCUGCACUUUGACAUCCGGAAGGCGGGCACCCUGCACGGCUUCACGGCCUGGUUCAGCGUGCAUUUCCAGAGCUUGCAGGAAGGCCAGGCGCCGCAGGUGCUCAGUACCGGGCCUUUCCAUCCCACCACGCACUGGAAGCAGACGUUGUUUAUGAUGGAUGACCCAGUUCCUGUCUGCACAGGAGAUGUAGUCACGGGUUCGGUGGUGUUGCAGAGAAACCCAGUGUGGAGACGGCAUAUGUCAGUCACUCUGAGCUGGGCAGUCACUUCCAGACAGGACCCCACAUCUCAAAGAGUUGGAGAAAAAGUCUUUCCAAUCUGGAGAUGACAGUUGAUAAUCUGGAAAGCGUUGUGCACGUCUUGAAGGAAGAACACAAGCGUAGCAAGAUGUGCCUGGCUGCUAACACUCACUCCUGUGAACUUGAUGAACAUUCCCUCCACAUCGACCCCUCCCCAGCCUGGCAGGUGGCGUCAGGGUCCUUCACAGACAAAUUCUUGGACUCCGCAGGAGCUGCCGUGGCCACCCCCACUGCCCAGUGUCUGCCCUCUAGAAGUAAGCUGUGUUUCCAGGUGUUCACCUGUGGUGCCCACAGUGCCCACCUGUUGCUAGGUUGUGGCUCCAUGUUCCUAAACUAGAUCUAGAUCUACACUUCUUGGACACAUGUGUACCAGCCUGUGUACCCCUGUGACAGUGUCUGCCCACACCUCAUGUGUUAGUGGUGUCCUUACUGCCGUCAGCCCAUGCACUCAUGCAGGAUGUAGGAUUGCACAGAGUUGUGCAGAUGGUGUAUGGGGGAUACUGAACUGCCCUAGCUCAGUGUGGGAGCUGGAGGUAGUGGUGCAUGUGAGGGAAUCUGCAUGGGAUAGUACAGAUGUAUAGAUGUCUUCCAAAUAAGUUAUGUAUUGGCACAUAGUACAUACUCAAUAAAUAUUUUUUAAUGAAUGAA